GGCGGGGCUAGCGAGACCGGAGAAAGUCGCCGGGGGCGCUGGAGUCGCGUGUUCCCACCCCCGCAGGUGGCCGUUGCAAACUUCACUUCCCGGCUCUCCGCCGCUGGCCCGCUUUGGCGUUCUUCCCGGUCAAUCGCGUCUCAACAGUUUCCACUCUUUCCCCAGAGGCUGCCUGGGCCUUCCUCCCCCGAAACCUGCAGCUGCCCCGGGGGCGUGGGUGCGCAGGCUGGACCACGCGAGCCCCGAGGUAACCGCGGGCCGUGGGUGCCUGGAGGUGAGCGCCCGGGCGGGGAGGUGCUCAGGCGACGGCCUGCGGGGGCACCGCUGGCGCUCGAGUGGCCUGGUCCCCGUGCGCGCACUCCUCCAGCUCCCACGCCUGGAGGAAGACGUCUGCGGAGCAUCCUAGGGGGAGGCGGCCCCAGACCCUGGAGACUCACUUGGAGAGUUUAGUUCAUCUAACCUGUAAAUCACAGACAUCAUCAAUAAGGAAUUGUAUCCUUAAGAAACAGUGGGGUAUUUUGAAAAAAUUGGAAGACUUACCAUGAGUUUAAACACUUCAAGCAAUGCCACCACUGAGGAUAGCCAAAGGUCAAAAAAUGUCUCAUUGGAUGUAAAACAAAUCCUUAAAAAUGAAACAGAGUCAGAUAUUGCUGCUGAUCUCAGAAAGAAACUCCAUCGGGCUAAGAAAGAAAAAUUAGAAAUGACAACUAGGCACAACGCAGAGCUGUCAAGCUAUGAGAGCCAGAUCGCCAGGCUACGGUCUGAAGUGGAAAAAGGAGAAGCAGUGCGACAAAGUCUGGAGUAUGAUCUAGCUGUUGCUAGAAAGGAAGCUGGUCUGGGAAGACGGGCUGCUGAGGAACGAUUAGCGGAGGCACAGAGGAUCCAAGAAAAGCUCUGUGCACAGAAUUCAGAACUUCAAGGAAUGGCAAAUGAGAUUGAGGAAACAUUUCAGACUUCCCAGCAGAAGUGGAAAGAAGAAUGUAGACGAUUUGAACAUGAUUUGGAGGAAAGAGACAAUAUAAUUCAAAAUUGCAAUCGAGAAUAUGAUUUACUUAUGAAGGAAAAAAGUAGACUAGAAAAAACUCUACAGGACGCACUGGAAAAACAUCAGCAAGCGAAGAGUGAGAUGGAGUCUCAUGUCAGGGAGACAACAUUGGAGGAGUUUAGAUUACAAGCAGAGCAAUGGGAAGCAGAAAGAAGAGAGUUACAGUUUAUAGUACAGGAGCAAGAUAAUGCUGUACAAAGCAUGCAGAAAAAAGUAGAGCAAUUAGAAGCAGAGCAUAUGGACUGCUCUGACCUUUUACAGCGGCAAACAACUGAACUUGAAUUUAGCACUCAAAGAGAAGAACGUCUUAGAAAAGAAUUUGAGGCAACUGUUCUAAGAGUGAGGAAAUUAGAAGAAAACAUUGAAGCAGAAAGAGCAGCACAUUUGGAAUCAAAAUUUAAUUCUGAAAUUAGUCAGUUACGGAUUCGAGACCUCGAAGGAGCUUUACAAGUAGAAAAAGCCAGCCAAGCAGAGGCUGUUGCUGAUUUGGAAAUAAUCAAGAUUGAAUUCAAAGAAGUUGAAAGUGCAUAUGAGCGGGAAAAGCAUAAUGCACAAGAAAGCUUUACAAAGCUAAGUUUAUUAGAAAGAGAAUAUUUCUCCCAAAACAAGAAACUAAAUGAAGAGAUCGAAGAACAGAAGAAAGUAAUUACAGACCUUUCAAAGAGACUCCAGUAUAAUGAAACAAGUUGCAGUGAGUUACGGGAGGAACUUGUAAUGGCUAAGAAGCACCAGGCCUUCCUAGUAGAGACAUGUGAAAACAACGUGAAAGAACUGGAAUCGAUCUUGGACAGCUUCACUGUGUCAGGCCAGCGGACAUCAGGCAUCCACAAGGACAAAGAUAAACCUCCCAGCUUCUCUGCUGUCCUUGAGACUUUGAGGCGUACCUUGAUAGAUUACCAGAACAAGCUGGAAGAUACAUCUAAUGAGCUAAACAGUGUAAAUGAUGCUAAGGAAAAAACACUGAACGAACUUGAUUCUACCAAACAGAAGAUGGAGUCUCAUUCUAAAAAUAUAAAGGAACUUCAAGAUAAACUGACUGAUGUCCAUAAGGAGUUAAGUCAUUUGCGUACCAGAUGUGCAGACCGAGAGGCUUUAAUAAGCACUUUGAAAGUGGAGCUACAAAAUGUGCUGCACUAUUGGGAGAAAGAAAAGGCACAAGCAGCCCAGUGUGAAAGUGACCUGCAGAAAUGCUCCCAGGCUUUCCGUAAGGACUCGGAGGAGAAACUAACCUUCCUUCAUACCUUGUAUCAGCACUUGGUAGCAGGCUGUGUGCUCAUAAAACAACCAGAAGACAUGUUGGAUAAAUUCUCUUGGUCUGAGCUUUGUGCAGUCUUGCAGGAGAAUGUUGAUGCCCUCAUUGCAGACCUCAACAGGGCUAAUGAGAAGAUAAGUCAUCUGGAGUAUAUCUGUAAAAACAAAUCUGAUACUAUGAGAGAGCUUCAGCAGGCUCAGGAAGACACCUUAAACAAAGUGGCAGAACAGAUCAAGGCCCAAGAGAGCUGCUGGCACAAACAGAAGAAGGAGCUGGAACUGCAGAGUUCUGAACUUCUGGAGGUGCAGAGGAGGGCGCAGAAAUUUCAAGAAAUUGCAGAAAAAAAUAUGGAAAAAUUAAGCCAUAUUGAGAAGUCACAUGAACAACUGGUUCUAGAAAAUUCUCACUUCAAAAAUGUGUUGUCAAAGACUCAAAGGGAACAGACAUGCUUGCUGGCAGCAUGUGCACUAAUGGCUGGGGCCUUGUAUCCCCUCUAUAGCAGAUCGUUUGCCUUAUCCACACAGAGAGAUUAUCUCCAGGAGCAAGUCAACACCUUGGAAGUGUUCAAACUGGAAAUUAGAACUCUAGCUCAGGCAUUGUCAACAAUAGAGGAAAAGAAACAAGAAGACACCAAAAUAAAGAAAAAACCAUUCAAAGGAUUGAUACGUGUAUUCCGGAGAGGUGUUAUUGUAAUUUUGGCAGCCAAUAGACUCCAGACUUUGGGCCAAUCAUGUGCUUCUCUUUUUACCUGGAUGGAAAGUUUUAAAGAAGGUGUAGGAAUACUAGUGUGUACAGGAGAACCCAAAGACAAGCAUAAAUUUCCAAAACAUCAACGGGAGCAGCAACGUUGUUUGCAAGCACUCAGUUGGCUCACCAGUUCUGACCUUCUUGCUGCUAUAAUCAGUUCUAUGACAGAGCUGCAAGAAGUCAUUAGUAAAACAGAUCCAAAUUCUAGAAUUUGUGGACAUUUACUCAUAGGUGCAGCCAAGAAUUCCUUUGCAAAACUCAUGGAUAAAAUUAGUUUGGCAAUGGAUAGCAUACCCCUGCGAAGUAGCCGGAGUAUAACAUAUGUAGAGAAAGACUCCCUAGUUCAGAGACUAGCCCGUGGACUUCACAAAGUGAACACAUUGGCCCUGAAAUAUGGUUUGUGUGGCCAUAUGCCCAUUAUGAAAAGUACCGCGUCAUUACAAAAGCAGAUAUUUGGAUUUACACAAAGGCUGCAUGCGGCAGAAGUGGAGCGCCGCUCACUGCGCCUGGAGGUCACAGAAUUCAAACGAAUUGUGAAUGAGAUGAAAAAGGAGCUCGACAAGGCGCAGAAUCUGCAGGUGCAAUUAAAUGAAUUCAAGCACUCUAAAUUGAUCACCGGUGAGAAGUUUCAAAGUGCGUGUGAAGAACUAAAUAAUGCCUUACUUAGGGAACAGCAGGCGCGAGUGCUGCUGAAUGAACAGGCCCAGCAGCUACAGGAGCUGAAUUACAGACUUGAACUGCACUCCAGUGAAGAAGCUGACAAAAAGCAGACUCUUGGAGAAGCUGUGAAGAGUCUCUCCGAGGCAAAGAUGGAGCUGAGAAGAAAAGAUCAAUCUCUGCGUCAGCUCAAUAGACAUCUUACCCAGCUGGAGCAGGACAAGCGUCGACUGGAGGAGAACAUCCAUGAUGCAGAGAGUGCCCUCUGCAUGGCAGCCAAAGACAAAGAAUGUGUUGCUCAUCACAUGAGAGCAGUUGAAAGUCUGCUUCAUAAGGUCAGAGAUCAGAUCUCGCUGUCACGGACUGCAGCAAGUAGGAAUGACUUCACCCUGCAGCUACCCAAACUGCACCUGGAGACCUUUGCAAUGGAGGGGCUCAAGGGUGGGCCAGAGGUUGUAGCAUGCCAGGCUAUGAUUAAAAGUUUCAUGGAUGUCUACCAGCUUGCAAGUACUAGAAUCUCUACAUUAGAGAAGGAAAUGACAUCUCAUCAAAGUCACAUUGCAACUUUGAAAUCAGAGCUCCAUACAGCUUGUUUAAGAGAAAAUGAAAGUUUACAAUCAGCAGGAUCACGAGUCCACUUCAAUCUCUCCAUUCCUUCAAGAGCUGCUCUUCCUGAUGACACAAUUGGCAUUGGGGAUUUUCUGCCAGUGCAACCAGAACUUGAUACAACUUACACUUUCUUAAAGGAGACAUUUAAAAACACAGCACCCCAUUCUCUAACGUCAUCUCACUCCUCUCCGGUGAUAGCCACUAAUGCCAAAAGACCGUCUCAAAUUGGAUUAUGACUUUAUGAAAUAAAAAAUGGAGGAAGAGUUAAUGAUACAAUUAAAAUUGUUCGGAAGGGGAAUUUUCUUUUUUUUCUUACAUUUGAGUUUGUUUCCGUGCAAACGGGUGGGCUUUUUAACAUUGUGUGCUAUCUUGAUGUGUGCAGGUAUCUCUAUCUCCUUGAAUAAUGAAAGAACCUACUUUUUCUCUCUAAGUUUUAUUUAUUAUCACAGUUGCUCAUUUUUAUGUAACAUAUUUUUAAAUGUUAAAGAAUGACACAUUUUAGGUAAUUUCCCUCAGACUUAAAAAAAUCAAUAAGCCAUUUUAGUCUCUAUCUAUCAAAGUUGUUUCAUACUUGUCUAUUUUAAAGCAGGACUGCAAUACUUUAAUAGGAUUGAGAGAGCUAUUUGAAAUGUAUGCCAAUGAUUCCUGUCAUUUCAUGGCAGCCCUGCCAUGGUUCACUGAGCCCCUCUUCUCUCUUGUCAGCUCCACUGAAGACAAGCAUUUAGUUGCAAACUUUAAGCAGGUUGUGCAAAACAGAAAUGAUGUGACUGCUUCUCUCCUGCACAAUAAUGUCACUCCUGGUCAAUGUGAGAAGGUCAGGUUGCUCCUUGUAAAGCUACAUGAUACCACUUGCCCAUUUGAACAAGUUAACUGCUGAAUCUGGUCCCUGUAGGCAUUGAAAACUCGUCCUUUUAUCAAGUCUGCAUUUGAUAGGAAAGUAGAGCACUGUGCUGAGAGGAUUUCUGUGGUACAUUUAGGCACUUUAUAAGGACAGUUCCCAUACCUGUACAGCAGGUAAUAUAUUUAGUGUAAGCUGAAAAACUUCAAGGUAAUGGCUGUUUUGACCUUCAGAAUAGACUUCUUUUUUGUUUUUGUUGUUGGUAAGACCCAAGAGUGACGCCCAUCUUUGAUGCUGACAGAAUUUAAAACAAAGCCAUUGCCCUGUAUUUUCUGCCUUGUAGCACACAAAAGUAAAAUUGUAUGUCAGGCCGAGAUGUCGGGGAGCUGACAAGAUGCCCCAGUGACAUUUCAGCUAGAAAGAGCAAGUGUCUUGCAACCAAGUGGUCAAAUAUCAAAUAAUAGGUCAAGCAGGAAGGAGCUGAGUUCUAACCACAAAGAGGUUUCUGGUAGCUUACUUGACAAGCUUUUGGGUGCUUUGUGGCUUGACAAAGUGAUGUUCUGUUGGGUAUCGCUGGACAGAAGAUCAGACAUUGACACUGAUUAAACUCUUUAACCCUUAAAGGUUAAACCCUUGCAGUUUGCAUCAUGGUAAGUAAAAAACAAAAGAAUAUUUGUAAUAUGUGGUUGUUUUUGUAUUCGUCAUUUAACUCCCAGUGACAUUAACUUCUAAUGUGAACUGUAGUUUUGGACAAAGAAUUUUGAUACAAAAAUCUAUAUUUUAUAUUACCUUUCAUCAUAGAAUUUUUCAUUAUGGAUUCAUUAGAAAAUAACAGUGUGUAUUGUUUAAAUGAUAUUGUGUUUUGUGACAUUUG